AUGACUAAGCGGCUAUGCAGGGCUGUCGGUGCCCCUCAGGGGGCCCAUCUUCAGUAUGUACCGUACCUUGGGGACCCCAACCGCAGCUUAACUCGGCUGGGCAAUCCAGGGGCUCAAUUUAACUCUGAGAUCAAAAAUCGGCAAGAGAGGCAGGCGGUCAAGAGUGGCAUAUCAGCGAUAAGAGAUAUGCCGUUCGGCCAAGCUAGCCCUAGAGAUCCGAAAGUUGGAACAUCUUCUCCACUUGGAGAUGGUACUGUGAACAAGGAUUGUCGACAGCCGCUGACAAUGGCGCUCCAAAAUAAUGAGCCCGCGCCACUCGCGCCUCAAUCCUCCUUGUCCUUUACACAAGGGCUUCUCCUCGGCCAGCUCUUAGUAGUACUUCUGAUCGGAGCUUUCAUCAAGUUUUUUAUUUUUGGUAAAGCGCUACCUCCUCCGUCCUGGGGCAUGUCAAACCGUAUAACGUACCGCUGCUACAGCUUAGUCUACAACCCUCCUUAA